AUGGCUGAGGUGGUGGUGUCGGAUUUGGAUUCAUACGUUCACGUCGAGCUCGAUAUGGAAAACAACAACUGCGAAACCAGCCCCAACAACAACGAGGCCUCAGUGACCCAAGCUCUGUUUGAGGAUGCAGAGGAGGACGAGGGCAGUGAAAGCAGCGCAGAUGACAGUGGCACGGACCCCUUUGGCACGGAGCAGUCGGGCACACAGCUGCAGAGAUGUGAACCCAAAUCACACUCCUGUCUCCCAGACACUUUUCAAACCAGCCACCUGCUCUUCUAUGAGAGAUUCAAGGCCUACCAAGACUAUGUGCUGGGUGACUGUAAGCCGUCUGAGGUGGAAAGCUUCACAGCUGAUUAUCUGGAGAAGGUGGUGGAGCCGUGUGGCUGGCAGGCCCUUUGGUGCACAAACGUCUUUGAUGUUUUGGUAGAGGUCUGUGAUGUGGACUUUAAGGAGCUGAAGGCCGUGGUGCGCCUGGUGUUGCCCAUGCAGUGUGAGCCUAAAGGCUGUGAUCUGAACGAGGACAACAUGAAGUCAGUGCUGGAGGCCACUCGGCACCAUGUUCCUCUGAAGGAGCUGCAUGCCGUCUACGAUGAGUCCGGAGAGUUUGAUCAGACCGCGCUGGCUAUCGAGCAUCUGAGAUUUUUCUACAACCACAUCUGGAGGCAGUGGGACGAUGAGGAUGAAGAUGAUGACUUUGAUUACUUUGUCCGAUGUGUAGAGCCCCGCCUCAGACUCUACUACGACAUCCUGGAGGACCGGGUGCCAUCGGGUUUGGUCGUGGAGUACCAGACGUUAUUGAACAACUGUUCCAAAGUUUUCCAACGCUUCUCCGUCCUGCGCAUGAGCGGCGACUCGGACUCUGAACUGGACAACGUGUCGAUGGUGGAGGGCUUUAAACUCUGCGACCAGCUGGAAACCUACAAACGCAAGCUCCAGAUCAUCGAAAAUCCCUUAUUGAGGUAUGUUCUCGGGUACAAAGGUAACGCCAGGCAGCAGUGCGUGGAGAGCCGAGGCCUCAGAGACUCUGGCCUGAAGGUGGUCCACAUCGUCACCUCCUCGUGCUCCACUGUCCAGCUCCAGUCCCUCCUCAAUGACAGACUGUUGCCCAUGUAUUCUAAUGAGGACACAGAGAUCAAGUUUUAUAGCGACCCAGUGUCUGCUGUGGACUCCUGUCAUGAGGGCGAUGUGGUCAUAGUUCUCCCAGGCGUCUACAACGUCACCAGCUCCAUAAACCUUCCAGAUUCCAUCACAAUGGAAGGCUUUGGUCUGCCAGAUGAGGUUGUGAUUGAGAAGAAAGGCAAAGGAGACUCGUUUAUUGAAUCCACUGGAGCAAACGUCAAAAUAUCCAACAUCAAGUUUAUCCAGCAUGAUGCUAUCGAGGGCAUUCUGUGUGUGCGUCAGGGGAAACUCUCCAUGGAGAACUGCGUGUUACAGUGUGAGACCACCGGUGUCAUCAUCAGGACAUCCGCUCAUCUGACCAUGAAUAUCUGUGAUCUUUAUGGAUCCAAGGGAGCUGGUAUUGAGAUCUACCCUGGGAGCGUGUGCAGUCUGAUUGGAAAUGGCAUUCACCACUGCAAAGAUGGCAUUCUCAUCAAGGACUUCACUGGUGAGCAUGAUGUCCUGCCAUCCAUCACAAUGGAAAACAAUGUCAUCCAUAACAAUGAAGGCUAUGGAGUGAUUGUGGUGAAGCCCAGCGCUGGGGACGACCAGGUCGUUCCUCUUGACAAGAUUGAAGAAAACUGCAUCAAGUUAGUAGACAAAGCAGCAGGACCAGUCCCUGAGCCUCAGAUCUCCACCACGUAUGCGUCUCCCUCAGAGCAGCCCACCGGAGAGGGCAGCCAUGGCCAUGACGGCGACCUGCUCGCUGCCUCCGCCCGGAAGUGGCAGUGGUGUCGCCAGCUGAGCCGCAGUAAAGAGGCCACGUGCAGCCGGCCGGUCCAGGACCUGCUGGAGCACCGCAUCUUUGUGUCCAUCGGGGGAAACCAGUUUAGGCGCAAUGGGAUGGGAGACUUUGGCACCUUCAUCUGCUGA